GAAACGGCGCGUGAAUGGAUUAAAUCCGUGGGGCUUAGAAAGGAAAUUCCCAGUAAAGCGAUUCUAAGUCAACUUUAAUUCUGUGGUGUGCUCUAUCUAAGUUACGAACUGGUUUUCGAACUACGAAAGGUUUCUUCGAUGAAACGUGCGAGUGAUGGAAUUGUGUUGCGCGUUAUUUUUCACAAUUGAACUCCCGUAUCGCCUGAUGUGAUGGCAGAGUUUUCAACCGUGUUAUAUUUAUUGCUGCGAAGGAUGAAAAUAAUGUACACGAAGGAAUUUGGUCAAAUGGUGACGUGCACCUUCUGAUCUUCCAUGGACGUCACGUUACUGUUGUUCCAUCUGUAGGAAGGCUUCAAUGAGUGUGGGUUUCAUGCUUUCUGUAACGCAUUCGUUGACGAAGAAACUCAAGCGCGCGUACGAGAGCAGUUCACGCAUCUCCAAUGCGUGCUUCUUCUAUCCGCGUGACCGUUGUUUUUUUUCACCGUUUUCUCUAUUUAAAAAUUUCUGUGACCUUAAGGUUUGCAAGGGAGUGCCCUUCUGCCAGUCGAAGUGGAGAGUUUCCGGCAGAUUGCGGCGCGUUUACAAGAUUUUUUUCUCCCUGCUUUGGGGCCCUCGAAAGAUUAUUCGCUGGUGUCGGUGAAACGGGUUUCAUUAUGGCGCGAGGCGGCGAGCUGAAAUCUUCACAGCUAUCAUGUUCGCCGUCGAGUCGGCUCGUAUGAUGCGUUUGAUCCACUGCAUCGACGAAGCAGUCAUGCUUUCCAACCUUUUGAAAGAUCGUCGCGAUCACUUAAAACACGUUCAAACGGAGGUUCGUUACCCGGAUGGACAAGUUGUUAUUGAGAGUGGUUAUCACUCUGGCUCGUCCAGCCCCCAAGUUCUUCCCGAACGGCGACUGGGGUUUAUACCCGAUUUGACACCUGAUCUGGGGGUUGCAGUGGUAUUACCAGGUUUGCUCAUGGGAUCCCAAAACGCGGCUUUUGAGGAACGCGUAUUGCGACGAUUCGCAGUGAGCCACAUACUUGACGUUGGAUCUCACGCCAUGACCGAUCAGGACGAACCAGAAUUUCGCGAGAAAAUCGUGCAAAGAACCGUGGAAAUGCUCGAUAUUCCUGAGACGCCACUUAUCGGAUUACUACCCUACUGUUUCAGCUUCAUUGAUGGGGCUCGGGAAAAGGGCGGCUGUUGUUUGGUGCAUUGCAAUGCUGGGGUAUCGCGUUCGGCGGCGGUAGUAAUUGCGUAUCUGAUGAAAUCCGAGGGAAUGACGUACCGCAGUGCUCACGAUUAUUUGAAGUCCUUGCGUCCGUGCAUUCGUCCGAACGACGGCUUCAUUCGUCAACUGUUGGAAUACGAAGAAGACCUGUUCGCGUGAAUUCGUGUUCUUAUACUGUUCUGCUUGACUGACUUUUUUUUUUCGAAUGGACGUCGCGUAUUCAUUCCACCUUUCGCUUUUUACGUUUUCUAACUAUUCAUGCCCCACUAAUUUAGUGAACGUGCCAUACCAAAGAAAAUGCGGAAUUUGCCCAUUGCUUAUGUUGAAAGCACGCGUUGAUUUCGUUUAUUGUACACUACUUUCAGUUCAAAAACGUGUGUUCGUUUCCUGAAGGCAUUUGCGACACUGUGCUGCCAUAUUUGUGCAUCAUGUGAAUAUUGUUAUAUUAAUCAGCUCGCGGAUUAAAAACGUUUUGAUAGCCUUGCCUUCGCUUCUUUUUCUUCGAACCUUCUUUUUCUGUUCAUGAACAGAAUUCGGCGUAUGUGACUGAUCCGAAAAUGAAACAUUUUAUUGUACCUGGCUG